GCGGCCAUUUUGCCUACAUCCGGGUACUUCAUGACGUCAGUGGGAGCAGAUUCGUGCGUCGUCUGCUGUUCCACUCGCCAUUUUGAAGGAUCGCGUUUCACAACAAACCGGCCGGCGUUUCACAACAAACCGGCCGGCGCGCAGCGAAGCUGUGGCGAUUCCGUAGGCACGUCAGUUUAUUCCAGCGUCCAGGGAGCAGUGUGGUGCAGUAUGGAGCCAGGUCUCGAAGAGGAAAUCGCUGGGAUGAGCCUCGGCCCCAUAGCUUACAAUUUUCACCCUCGGCGCAGCGAUCGUGAAAGAUCUGGGACUGGGGACGGGAGCGUCAGUGUAGUCCGCCCACGACCUCGAACCCCGGUAUCCCCGCCGUCUGAGCCGGAGCUGUUGGAGAGCAUGACUGUUUCAGAGUGGGACGGGGUGGAUGUAGAAACAGAGAACUGGCGGCUGGAGCAGUUCACCUGGUGCCGGUGCACGAACUGCCAGCCGAUGCCGUCCGUCCGGGAAUGUGUGUGCUGUCAUGAUCUGACCGAGGCGGAGAAGAAAGGCAUUGGUGACGGCAUUUUGUGUUUAGUUGAGCACGAGGACUUCCACGCCAACAAUAUCAACAAGACCGUGCUUCGUUCGGCACUUCUGGCGCGCGUGGAAAACCUGAGGGAAGCUCUGGGGGAUCCGAUCCUUCAUCGCACCUACCGGAUGCAAGCGUAUCGCCAGUGCACCUACUGGCUGCACGAGAGACUCGGCACGCACAUCAGACGAGUCAUCCCGUCGUGUGUGGUCUGGGCCAUCCGAGACGCGUAUCCAGAGAAGAAACGCGAACAUUAUAGGGGCUUCCUAGAGGCCGAUGAGGUGUAUGAUUUCAUCUAUGAAGCUCGGCGUUAAAGUCAAUUCCCAGUCAGCGAGAGGGUUUUGAUAUAAUAUUUGUAUUAAGUUUAAACUAUUCUAGAUAGACGAAUAUUUCAGUCACUCAAGUUCUAAAUUGUUCAAACAAUUAAAAGUGAAAGUUUGAAAAUGUUUGAACCUAUCUGGAUAUGUUGGAAAUAUUGGGAAAGUAAUGGUACAAAUAUCUCUUUAUUUAGAACAAUUUAGAAACAUCUAGAAACAUCUAUGUGUUUUUGUACAUGUUAUUGUUGGAACAUGUGAUCAGUGAUGUUAUAAACAGUUCUAAAAAGUUACUUAUUACAAUUAGAAUGUUAUAAAGAUUUCCAAAAUGUUGGAAGAAAAGGCAAGAAACACCCGCUUGGUAUUGUAAAAUUGACUCUAAGAGUUUAAUAUGACAUAUAACACAAACAUUCAAGUUUUAUGUCGGCCACCUAUUUAUUCUUGUUCUUGUUGUGUGACAUUUGCUAAGAUGAAGGGAGUCGUUCAUCGUGCAUUUUAAAUUCUGUAAUACAGAAUGUACCAGAAUAGAUAAGUAAACAGUAACUAAUUCUAAUACAUGUAACAUUAACAGUGUUAAAAGUUCAGUAGGAAAGAUGUAUGCAAAGUACCAAUGUUAUAUAUUAAAGGGAUCUCAGAGUUGUGUGCCA